UCUCUCUUUUAAAAAAUAUUCUAAGACACUCCCUUUCUUGUGGAUUUCAUUUCAUUAGAUUAAGAUUACUAGCCCUCUGAAACCAGGCUGAAUUGGAUUACUGUCAAGAAUUACAGGGAGGUGGUAUUAAAAAUACACACUUCAAGUAUCUCAAAUAGCAGGAAUGACUGAUUUCAGCGCCAGAGAAGUGUGAUAGGUGCCUGGGAGGAGGGCCUGGAACUAGGGGAAACUUUGGAGAAAGACUGGGUGGGGGAAGGCCUCCAUAGAGAGACUAUGCACUGUUUCCGGAGUCCAUGGAUUGUUGGGGAAGGGGUGACCUUAAACCUUUCAAAGGACAUGUAAUUGGGAAACUCAAAGUGAACAGCCUUUCACUUUGAAAGUGUGAAAAGAAAGGUGGAAUGUUGUGGAAGUAUCUACUUUAAUAGGUGCUGGGGACUUUGAGAUGUUUGGAGUCGGUUGGUCUGGGGCGUGGGCGAGGGCCACGCCGAGGGGUCGCGAACCCGUCCGGGGAAGCGGCCGGCGGCACCCGGCUGCUCCAGAGAGCACCUCGGGGUGGGGGAAGGGAAGGGUCGUGGGGAAAAGUCGAGUUCAUCGUGAGUUUCUGUCUUUGCGUGGAGGCCUCUUAGAGGAGGCGCCGAGCAGUCGCGCGGGGCAUUCCCUGCUCCGGGGGAACGCCAGCGGCGCCCGCGCCCAGCCCGGCCCUCUCCCAAGGCUGCGAGCGCUCCCCCUCGGCCUGGGCCGCGGCCCGCCCGCCCCGGCGGAGCCGCGCGGUGGAUUGUGGGCUGGGGGCUGCGGCGCCCUCGCGGCGGCCUCUGGAGCAGUCUCCCCGGACCUGGCCGGGCCGCGGCAGGCCGGCGGGGUGAGGGGAGGCAGCGGAGCAGGGAGCAGAAGCUCUAGGGGUAGUGGUCGCAGCGCGGCGGCGGAGGCGGCGGUAGCGGCUCCUCUGGAGGCCGGGGAUGUGGGAGAGGCGGUGGCAGCAGCGGCGGAGGCGGCGCUGCGGACCCGGGGGAAACUGCUGGCUGACAGGACACCCGGGAGAGACGUGAGGGAGCCGCCGCUGCCGCCUCUUAACCCUCGAGCGGAGCUGGGCUCGAGAGGGCGACCCUUUGCUCCCCCGGCUGACGAGCCAGCCGGCGCGGGGCGGGGGCGGGAAGCCGGGCUCGGGCCCAGCGGGGCUCCGGGCGGCGGCGGCCGCGGAGCAGCAGCCUCGGCGCGACGUGGAGGGUUGGAGGCGGCGGCAAUGCACUAGGCCUCGCUCUGGGGCGGCUGCCCGGGACCCGCAGAAUUAUUGCACCAUCAGGACAGAUAUUACAAGAAGAUCACUUUCUAAAGAAAUAAAAAUUGUUUUUAUGGUUUUCUUUA